UGGACUUUGGUACAUCAGGAGCUAGAUUUGUAAUUAUUGACAAGCAUGGCGUGAUUUAUGCCGAAGGAAAAAGAGAUUAUCCACAAACCACCGUAAGAUUUGUGCCUCAGAUGUAAGUUGUGGUAAUACAAAUAUUUAUUGUACAAAAUGUGUGCCUGUAUUUGGUAUGUCGUUUACUAAAUACCAUUGUGUACUUCUGUGCUAAAGGACUUAGGUAUUAGGAAAAUUUAUACGGUUAUACCGUUUGGAUUUUUCGAUCCUUCAUGUCUUUGUCUCAAACAGAUCUUUCUAUGAAGCUGAAUUUUUCAGUAGCAGUUUUUGGGUCCAACAAUUCAAGCCACAUGGCUGGGAACAAGUUAAAUAAGAUAUUGGCCACAAUUUUUUUAAUAAAGAUUAUUCCAUGCUAUACUAGUCUAAUGAUGAACUUAGAAUUUUUAACUCAAAGUCUUUUGACAAUAAAAUGCCCUUACAAAUCUUAAAAUUACCCUAGGAAUAACUUGUUUGAAAAUUUAAAGAAGGCCAAUUUUUUUUUUUUAAGUUGCUGUUAAAAUUUAGACAUUAUUCAAAAAGUCAAGGAAAUCAUUUUUUUUUAAUGUAAAGUCAAGGGAAUCCUUUUGAAUUUGAAAUUGAUUUUUGAAGGGAUUUUGAAAUUAAGAAAUGCCCUUCCUAAAAAUAUGAACUAUUUAAAGCAUGUUUGAACAUAUAAAGGCAUCUUAUAGUCGAAAGUUUUGGUGUACGAAAUUCUAAGUUUACCAUUACCGUGGUGUACCCUAGAAUAACCCUUUAAUAAGUACUAGAGUAUCAGCUCUGUAUAAUAUCAUCCAACGGGGACAGACUUAGUCCGUUCGGUCAUCAAAAUCCAUGGAGAUGGUGGGCAAUAAUGGAUAAAGAGUGGAACCCAGUAGAACACCUGUACCAAUGGAUGGGGAAAUAAUUAAUUGGGCAAAUUCUUGGAGAAAUACAUUGUUCAACCUAUUGGCGGAUCUGCCCUCUGGUAUUCGUUCAUAUAUAUCUUCAAUUUCUAUCGAUGGGACUUCUGCUACCACCAUGAUAAUUGACAGCACAACUGGGGAGCCUUUAUGUCAACCUUUCUUGUAUAACACUAACUGCUCUGAUGCUUUACCGAUUGUCCAGUCCAUUGCUCCUGAAAACCAUACAGUUGUUUCUGGAUCCUCAACCCUUAGCAAGCUUAUUUCAUGGUGGAUUUCAACUGACCCACACAAAAACUCUGCAUUAUUGAUGCAUCAAGCAGAUUGGCUGCUAUAUCUAUUACAUGGAAAGCUUGGAGUCUCUGACUACAACAAUGCUCUCAAGGUGGGAUAUGAUCCAGAGGCUGAAUCCUAUCCUUCUUGGUUACUUAAGCAACCAUAUGCACAGUUGUUGCCUACUGUGAAAGCACCUGGAACUUCUGUUGGUUUCAUUAAAGAGGAUAUUAGGCUACAUUUUGAUUUUCCAAAGGAUUGUAUUAUUUGCACUGGAACUACAGACAGCAUUGCUGCUUUUCUUGCAGCCGGUGCCUCUCAACCUGGAAAAGCUGUUACAUCCUUGGGUUCAACACUUGCUAUUAAACUUCUCAGCACUAGUCGGAUUGAAGACUCCCGUUUUGGUGUAUAUAGUCACCGCCUAGAUGAUAAAUGGCUUGUUGGUGGGGCCUCUAAUACCGGAGGAGCUGUUCUUAGACAGAUUUUCACAGAUAGCCAAUUAGAUGAAUUGAGUGAACAAAUAAAUCCAGAGGAACCUUCUUCUUUAGACUAUUAUCCUCUACCUGCUGUUGGUGAGAGAUUUCCUGUUGCAGAUCCAAACAUGAUGCCCAGGUUGCAGCCUCGUCCAGAUAAUGAUGUAGAGUUUUUACAUGGCAUUCUGGAAUCCAUUGCUCGGAUUGAGGCAAGGGGGUACGGCUUGCUCAAAGAGCUGGGGGCCACAGAGGUGGAAGAGGUAUAUAGUGCGGGAGGUGGAGCCCGGAAUGAGAAGUGGAUGAAGAUAAGAGAAAGAGUGUUGGGGGUGACGGUGAGUCGGGCCCCACAAACCGAGGCUGCAUAUGGAGCUGCUCUCCUUGCACUGAAAGGUGCUACAAAAAGCCCAUCGCAGUUAUACUGAGUUGAAACUUCAACAAAGAGUUGGUUUCUUGAAUUGAGUAUGCUUUAGUGUGCAAUUUUGUAUAAUAUAUAUAUAGUUUUAUCCCAACUAUUUGAGAU